AUGGGCGACAUUUGGGUCCAGUUGCGUCAUGGCCAAGUUCGGCCAUCCCGAAUGCACUUUAGCUCCGGCCUAUUCACUUUGCCAAACAACAUAAGCAAGGCAAGAUCUGCAGCCAAAGCUUGCCCAUUUUACCAAGCACUCCUCCGUCCAUCAUCUUCAUCUUCAUCAUCAUCAUCAUCAUCAUCACAGGUUGUGCUGACAAUAUAUCUGCUGCUUAUGCAUGCGAAUUGUCUUUCACCACUCCGUCUUGUUCGGAUGACCUGUCCGUUCGAGUCCACGUCUUUGUUUUGCGCUGGAGGAGCUCUGAGCUUAUUGCACCCCGUCGAAACCUUUUAUAAGACGGAAGAUGCAUGGGCCUGUGAUGUUUUGCAGUUCCGGUAUCCUUAA